AAAAGCCCAGCCUUCUUCUUUCUGAGACUUAUCCUCUUCAUUUUCUACGUUUUCCCCAAACGACUCGUGAGGGGACAAUGAAUGCCACCGCCGUGUGUUCUGCAAGAUUUUUGGAAUUUUUUUUCUGAAAAAAAUUUUUUUGUUCGGAAAAGCGGAAAUCGGAAUCUCCAUUUUGAACUUCCUAAACCCUGCUAAGAAUCAUGGAUUCCAUAGUAUCCAUCACAAAAAACAACCGUCACCAGGCGAAGGUUAAGCAACGGCCAAGUAGUGUUGAUGCUUCACAUGUUCUCAUUUCAUGUCUCCGUGCAAUUCUAGCACGUGGAAUAUUUAUUGUUCACUCGAUUGUAACCAUUCGGCAAACUGUGCUCAUCAGCGAGAGAGAAAGUGUCUGGGGAUUUGCACUUCUCUCGUUGCUCAUCGUAUUUGAAGGAGGAUACGCGAUUAUUAUGCGAGCCGGAGAUGAAAGAAAAUGGUUCUGCACAAGUGUAUUUCUGUACAUUGUUGCCACAGCCCCACCAAUUUGGAUUUUGGAGACUCGAAUCUGUAAUUGGAGAACUAAUAUGGAAAAAAACACGGAAGGUUUUGAAACACUUCAGCACCCUGUCGCUCUGAAAGAUAAUAGUGAGCUGCGGCUUCAGCUCCUUGAGCAGCUUCUUCUUGUAAAUCUAAUCGUUGGAAGAUGGCUUCUCCCAAAAGGAGAUAUUUCAAGAGAACAGCUAUCGCAGAUUUUGUUGGCCUAUUUGGCAAUUUCAUCAGAUAUCGUAGAAUUUUUCGAUGUAUUUAAGGAGAAAGUUGUUUAUUCAAAUAGUCGAGUUCAAACGAUUGUACUUACAGCCUGGACGUUGAGCCUCCUUCAAUUCCCAUUCGUACUCACAGUGAGUCGUGCUCGAAAAAUGAGAGUUGCCAUCACAAAUGAUUAUGAGCAAUUGUUUGCAAGACAGCGUCCUAGAAGUUGCUUUAAGGCAUUUUAUGACGUUGAUAUUUGGGCAAUUUUCCUUGCAAAUGUGCUACAAGAUGUUCCGUUUUUGUUGGUUAGACUGUACUUGAUGACUGUUCACAAUUUGAUCACAUACACAAUGAUCUUCUUCUUCUUCAAAAAUAUGCUUAUCAUAUUGCUACAAACUUAUAGAUCGAUAAUAAUCAUCAAUGACCGUUACAUAAAUCCAAAGCCCCCAGACAUGGAUAUCAUUGAGCAUAAUAUGGAUUUAAUGAAAUCUUCAAGAACAAAUGAUAUUGAUGAUGAUUAUCCAUCAUCUCCGUAUUCUCAUCAUAAAACUCACAAUAAACAUUAUGAGAAAAUGAGCAAAAAAGAGAAGAAACGGGAGAAAAAAUCAAAGAAGGCUGCUGCGGCGAACCACAAAAAUGCAAGUCGAAAUAAUGGAAAUGAGACGCCAAAAAAGACAAGAAGAAGCAGUUCAACGACUCCGACAAGAACGCCGAAACAGAGAAGAAGCUCAAGGAUUCGGAGCAUUUCUGAUGAAAGAGAACAACUUUUUCCAAGGCAUCACCAUGGAAGACGACUGGAUCGACUUGACACUUUGGAAGAAACUUAAUUUUUAUUCUUUCUUUAAUUUUUUAAACAUUCAAAUUGUUCGUUCAAUUGCAGACUUUGGAUAAAAAUAAAGAUUCAUAUAAAA